UGAGGAUUCAUAUAAACUUGGUUGAUAUUGAUGAAUGAAACAAGUGGAUACGAAUAUGAGUGAGCUUGGUUCAGAAAGAUCAAAUCCAUGGAACAUUAUUCACACAAGUUCAGAACCUAGUCCUUCCCAAACACAAGUAAACAGAGAAGGACAAUGGAAGAAUUUUGGGACAUCAAUGGAUGCUAUUUCUUUUGGCUUUGUUGCUACAGCUAUACUCAUAUCAAUGUUUCUCAUCAUGGCCAUAUUUGAACAUCUCUUCAAGCCUAGCCCUCCUUUCUCUUCGCCUCUAGCUAGUAGUAGACACAGUUCCUUGGAGUUGGGGCCUAUUCAGAAACGCGCAAGUUCACAAACAGUACCAACGCGAUAUUCAUCGGAUUAUACAGUUAUGAUGCCAGGACAACAGUAUCCUACCUUCAUUGCCAAGCCAACUCCACUGGCUUGUCCAAGGGAAGGGGUUUAUUGGCCUUCCCAUGAGCAUAGUUUUCCCUUCUCUUAAUGAUCCUAAAAGACUAAUUAUUGUAUUAUCAUAUUUAUGAAUCCUAAUGUUACCAUCAAAAAAGUUCACCAAUUGCAGAAUCUAUUACUCUCUCACCAUGCUCAGACCUGUAAAAUUAGCUGUCGGGCUAAAACUGAAGUUUUGCACGUUGGGAAGAAGGAAAAUGAGGGGGUGACAUUCAUUGUUUUUGUGUGAUAUAUUUGUUUUUUUGCUUUGUAUAUUGACUGAGUUCCCCUCUUUCUGUAUUGUCUUUUCCAAUAUGUGAGAUGUGGGGAUGAUCAAGGAAGUUCAGUAGGCUAAGUUUUAGUUUGUUGCUUUGAAGUAAGCUUAUUUUACCAUGUAU